CCAAUUUCUCAUACAGAAUGAACAGACUCUUCACUGUCGCCUUCGUUGCCUGCUCCGCCGUCGCUACUGACUACUGUGUCGAUCACUGCUUGGCCACUGACGGAUGUGAAGCUAGCUACUGUAAGGAAAAUGGUCUCUGCUUUGGUCUGUAUCACAAAGAUGCUGGUAUAUGCUAUCAGCCUGGUGACCUGGACUGCGACUGUGACGACCAUACACUGCCGCCUGUGUCAUGCGAUGAGAUGCCACCCACCACUACUACUUGGGAGUGCAAUGAGGAGUGCAAUGCUAUUGCAAGUUGCCGCGACUCGAUCUCUGGAUCAUACUGCAAGACUUGGGUCCAACCUUCUGUUUGUUUCGGUAUCCUCGUCAAGGAUGAUGGUGAGCUUUGUUACGAGGGUGUCGAUGAGGGCUGUGAUGGUACCCCUUAUCCAUGCGGACAAGUGUUCACCACUGAGGCCCCUGCCGAGGAGACCACUGAGGCCCCUACCGAGGAGACCGCUGAGGCCCCUACCGAAGAAACUACUGAGACCUCUACAGAGGAGACGACUGAGGCCUCUAUCGAGGAAACCACUGAGACCCCUACGGAGGUUCCUACCGGGGAGACCACUGAGGCCCCUACCGAGGAGACCACUGAGGUGCCUAUGGAGGAGACCACUGAGGUGCCUAUGGAGGAGACCACUGAGGUGCCAACCGAGGAGACCACUGAGGUGCCAACCGAGGAGACCACUGAGGUGCCAACCGAGGAGACCACUGAGGUGCCAACCGAGGAGACCACUGAGGUGCCAACCGAGGAGACCACUGAGGAACCUACCGAGGAGACCACUGAGGCCCCUAUCGAAGAGACCACUCAAAAGCCUACUGAAGCUCCCCUUGAGCCCACCGCUGUAGUUCAAUGGAGAUGAGCUGUAUUCAACGACUGUCUAUGAAGUCAACCAUUCAUUAUAUAUCAGUGGCUCGUCUCUUCCAAAUACGUGAACAUAUAUUUCAGCGCAUUCCUGAGCCGUUUGCAUAUUUCAUAUCAGAGUGC